AUGGGUUCUUGUGAAUCUGAAUUUUGCUUUAUUGAGCGGAAGCCAACAGAUGAGAAGGGUCGUUAUCGUAUCACUAAGGGAUGUAUUAGAAGGCCGGCUCGCACUCACAUGGGCUGCGAUUAUGAUCACUUCCGCGAUCACAUCUUAUGCAUUUGUAAAGGUGAAUUUUGUAAUGAUAUAAUCUACCUGAGGCCAAUGCACCGGCGAACAGUAACCUGCCGAAACUGCUCUGAUCGUCAACCAGAAUGUGGUGAGACUUGUCAGGGUCAGUGGUGCCAUGAUGAUUCUACGUCAGGUGCAGCAGGAUGUGGUUACGGGCCUCCAUCACUACCAUAUUUUUAUAAAGGGCCUGAAUUACUGUAUUAUCAAACACGAAUAUGUGUUACUAUUAGUAGAGGUUCAAGUUCACCAAGACGACAUUGUAUUUGCAAUACUAAUAACUGUAAUGCUGCUCAUAACAUAUUCACUCCUUGGACAUAUGCGGAAGGAAGCACUCGAACAAGAUCUUUGCUCACAAAUUCAAAAGGAAGUUACUUCGUCCCAAAGCUUUAUAAAUGUGUAAAUUGUGAGGUAAGCGCUCAAGAUGCUAUGAUUACUGCCACCUGUAAGCAAAACCAAUGUCUUGGUCACUACUGUACUUACGCAACACAAAGGUUAAAGUUCGGUACAGAUCACUAUCGACAACGAAAACCAAUUUUGAACGAACGACAAGGAUGCAUUAAUAUUCAACUAGGUUGCUCUCAUCGGUGGAUGAGUAAUGAGGAAGAAGAAUUACACUGUGCGUGUUCAGGUGAUCGCUGUAAUCGGGACUUAUCCACAGCUAGCCUCAACAAUGUCACGUAUCGAUGGGCACUUCAACGAGCGGCACAGAUGCAUGAUGAGAUGAUGCCACCACCUCGCUGUAAAAAGAAAGCUGAAGAUUUGGGAUAUAAUACGAUGGAUUGGAAGGAUUACUUCUCACGCGACGAGCCAUUCGUUGACGCAGACUAA